AUGAAUAACCUGUUUGGAAACAAAAAGCCACUCAUUUGUCUUCUUACUGAGGAUCAAUCAACUGUAAUGAAGAUGAAGAAAAGAAAAUUCAAAAUCGGUCUGAAAUACAGAAAUCAGUCGGAUGUAUCUAAAGAACUCAUAAAAACUAUAAAUGAUUGUCUCUCGGAAUCAUCUUCCACUUUCAGACUUGAAGAUGUGUCUCAACACUCAGAUAUCAGAGUAGAUGAGGAAGAUGAUGAUGACUGCAGGAGAGGAAGAGCAGCAGCACAGCAGAUGAUGAAUUCACUGAAGAAGAAACAUCUGACAGAAAUCAAAGAAUCAUUUAUGCCUCAUCAGGGGAAACUGUGGCAUCAGUGGAGUCAGAAGAACAAAGAACUACAUCGACUUCAAGGAGAAGAAAUAAAAAUGGAAAUAAGUAAAAUAAAAAUAAAAAUGAAUGAAAUCCGUGAAAAACAGCAUGAAUCUGACAUGAGUGAGUUUAUGAUGCUCUUUAAUAAAGAAAUGAACUUACAUAAUGAACAUGAAAAGAUGUUUUUCCUCAAAUGGCUCAGAAUCCUGUUGGAUGAACAUACGUCAAGUGACCUUUCUGCUCUUCUUCACAAAUAUGAUGAAACAUGGUCAGCAGUUUUGAAACUAAAAGACAGCAGUAAUAAAUCUGAACAACAUAAAGCUAAACAAACUGAACUUGAGAAGAUAUCUGAUGAGCUUCAAGCUGCAAUCUUUGGUGUGGAGCACAUCAUGAGGGAGAUCGGUCAGAUCUAUGAAUCAUGUUCAUCUGUGAAGAAGAACAAGAAAGACCUGCAGAUUCACUUCUCUUCUCUCUCGAGUCUUGCAGCAGAGAUGAUGAUUUCUGGAUUUCCACUGGAGCUGAUGGAUGGAGAUGCUGCUCAUGUUCCUCUGGUGUGGAUCUCUUCUGUUCUAGAUCAACUCAUCCAGAAACUGGGAGACCAGAGAGUCUUUGUGCUGUCAGUUUUAGGGAUUCAGAGCUCUGGAAAAUCCACCAUGCUGAAUGCCAUGUUUGGACUCCAGUUUGCCGUUAGUGCGGGCAGGUGCACCCGAGGAGCUUUCAUGCAGCUGGUCAGAGUCUCAGACGAGAUGAAAACACAGAUGAACAGUGAGUCAGACGAGAUGAAAACACAGAUGAAGAUUGACUAUAUUCUGGUUGUUGAUACUGAGGGUCUUCGUGCUCUAGAACUGUCUGGAAGAUCUACAAGAGAUCAUGACAAUGAAUUGGCUACAUUUGUUGUUGGAAUUGGAAAUCUGACCUUGAUAAACAUCUUGGGAGAAAACCCAUCUGAGAUGCAGGACAUUCUUCAGAUUGUUGUUCAGGCCUUCAUGAGGAUGAAGAAGGUAAAUUUGACUCCCAGCUGUGUGUUUGUGCAUCAGAAUGUUUCAGACGUCACCGCUGGAGAGAAAAACAAGGAGGGGAGGAGACGACUGCAGGAGACACUGGAGAUGACAAAACUUGCUGCUAAAGAUGAAGUCUGUGAUGCUGAAUGUUUCAGUGAUGUCAUUAGAUUUGAUGUUCAAAAUGAUGUGAAGUAUUUUGCUCAGCUCUGGGAGGGCAGCCCACCAAUGGCACCACCAAACCCAAACUACUGUGAGAACAUUCAAGAACUAAAGGAAUCUAUUCUUUCUCAUGCCGCAAAAUCACAUGGAAUUAUGCUGAAAGACUUAACAGUCCGUAUUGAAGAUCUUUGGGAGGCUUUACUGAGUGAACGAUUCGUCUUCAGCUUCAGGAAUUCUCUGGAGAUUUCAGCCUACAGGAAACUGGAGACCGAAUACAGCAAAUGGUCCUGGAGUCUUCGCAGUGCCAUGAUGGAGACUGAGAACAAACUACACAACAAAAUUGAAAAUGAAGUAAUGCAUGAGGUUGAGGAAAUUUAUCUUCAAACAGAACUGAAGAAGACAAGUGUAGAAGUCGAAAAAUCAAUGUCAGAAUUCUUUGAGAAAGACAAAGAUAAAGAUAUACUGAUUCAGUGGAAAACAUCAUUUAAAAUCAAAAUCAAAGAUGUUCAUGGAAACAUUGUGAGGGACACAAAGAAGAAACUAAAUGAGGUUCUUCAGCAGCGAGUCUUGAAGAAAGAGAUUGAUGCUCAGAGGACACAUCGUGAAGACACUCUCUUUGAAAAGAGCAAAGAACUUGCCUUAAAGCUCAAAUAUAAAACGAAUGAUAAAGAAACAUUGAAGAAAGAGUUUGAUUCCUUUUGGGAACAGUGGAUAAAGAAGAUCAUCACAGACACCCCUCCAAUCAAAGACAUUGACAUAAUGAGAGAUGUGAGAGAGAUCCUCAGGGACGUCUAUGGAAGUGUUUCUGUAGAUCACUGGAGGGAGAGCAGUGAGUACAACACUAUUGUCACUGCGAGUUAUUCUGAAUAUGUACAGGUAAAAAAAUCCAGUGUAUUUGUUAAAAAUGUUGUCAGAUCAGCUAAAGAGGCGCUUGGUUUUGAUCCUCUAUCUCUAUCUAAUGAGGAUGAAACCCAAAUAAAAUCAUUUGUCAGAGAUGUUGUUCAGCAGACAGACAGAGAGAUUCAGUCAUUUAACAUUUCAAAGGUGGGCUACAACAAAAGCUUAAUUCAACAACUCACAGGUUACAUCAAGGCGAGAGUUGUAGAACAUGAGGAAGGACGAGUGAAAUAUGUGUUCAAGAAUGAAUUCUUCAUGGAUUUGGUUCUUUCCAUCUGUGAGAGAGCAAACAAGGUGAUCACUGACCAACACAGGAGGUUUAGAGAAGCCAAUGAUCCUGUCGUAUACGUUGAGAAAAAGAGAGAAGAGUACUAUAGUAUUUUCCAGAAGUACUGUGAUGGAGCAACAUCAGCUGCCAUUUUUGGUGAGAUCAUCUGUCAGAAACUUAAAGAGCCCAUUGAGCAGAGUCUCUACAAGAAGACUGCUAGAGAGCUGGCAAAUGAAAUGAGAACAGAAUGUGCAUCACUGAAAGGAAACCGAUCAAAUCUGGAGAAGCACAUCCUGGAGACACUGGCAGAAGAGGAGGAUUUUAACAAAUACAUGAACUACAUCCAUAAUCCCAGAGAUCACUUCAAGAAUUUCAUUACAGAAGAAGUCAGUCAGUACAUCACUGAUAAGUUCAGUGUCAGUGUUUUACCCAAGAUGAAGGAGAACAUUGAACUCCUGCAGCAGAAGAUCAUGAAAGCAGCACAUGUUCAAGUGAAGAGGGGAGAUGCAGGUUUGUGGUUGAAGAGUUUCACACAGCAGCUCUCAGAUGAGCUGAUCUUCUCUGAAAAAGACCUCAGUGGAGUCAAACAUGAUGAUGUUGAUUUCAGACUCCUAGAAGAUGUGAUGAGAAAUGAACUUCCUGAGAUAAUGUCUGUCAGUAAUUUCAACACAAAUACUUUUAAUGAAAAACUGGACUUAAAGGUCAGACCAGAUGAGCUUCUGUUUUCUCAUUUCUGUCAGUGCUGUUGGGUUCAGUGUCCAUUCUGUGGAGCCUUCUGCACCAGCAUCAUAGAAAACCAUCCUGGAUAUCACAGUGUUCCUUUCCACAGAGUGAAUGGAAUUAAAGGAUGGACUUACUAUCAAACAGAUGAUCUCUGUGCUGAUUUUUGCACAACUUUAGUGACAAGUAGAAAACAAUUUAGGUUUUCAGAUAAGUGGUUUCCUUGCAAUGACUACAGAAGUGCAGGAGGAGUUUAUGCAAAGUGGGACAUCACCCCUGACCCUCAUGGACUGCCGUACUGGAAGUGGUUUGUGUGCACAUUCCAGAAAAACCUGGAAAAUCGUUAUAAUAAAAAAUUCAAGGGUGAUGGUGAGAUUCCACCUGAAUGGAGAAUGAACAAAAAACAAGAUGCUAUUCAGAGUUUGAAAAAAUUGACUGUUACAAAUUAAUGGAACAGAUAAGACUUAAACCCCGUUUUAUACCACUGAUUCAAAGAACAAUCUAAAAUGUAAACAUACAAUUCCCCCUACAUUAUAAAACUCCAAAGCUGUUUCUUAAAUAAGGCACUUGUUUACAUUAUUUUCCAUAUAGUGAAUGGAACAUAGUGCACUAUAGAAAGGAUAGUGAACAAUUCAGACAGUACAAAUAUGCUUUUCCAUUCUUAAUUGCA